AUGGUCCGCACAAACAGCUCCAUUGCUGCUGCCGACAAUGACCAUGAUUAUGAUCAGUCUGAUGAUCAUCUCGAUGGCAACAUUUCAAAGGAACUUCAUGCGGUUUAUGUUGGAAAGUCAAGGAGGAGGUAUCUUUUAAGCUCUGAUGUCAUUUGUCAUCCUCUUUUUCAAGGGCUAAUAGACAGGUCAGGCGCUGGUUUUGGUGAUGAAGAUAAUCAAGCAGUUGUUGUUGCUUGUGAGGUUGUUUUGUUUGAGCACUUGUUGUGGAUGCUUCAGAGUGGUGGCUCUCAGUUGGGGUCCACGGAGGAACUUGCUGAAUUCUAUUACACUGCUGAUAACUACGACGGUGAUGGUAAAAGUUUGCCGGAGUAA